AUGGGUUUGAUGCCGGAGAGUUUCAUUGAUGUUAAACCGGAUCCAACACUACUUGAUUCUAAUUUUGACGGCUAUAAGCUUUCACUUGAUCCCUUUCCUAUUUACAGUUAUCCCUUAAAAACUCCAGUGCGUGAGUUGCAAACAACCAAUAUUCAAUAUGGAUUCGAACAUAUCAAACUAUUUAGCGAUAUCAAUUAUCUAACCUACGAUCGUCAUGCAUCCGAUUCUGGAUAUAAGCGAUUUGUGACUAUUUUGCAGGACUUUCACUUAUGCUUAAUCACUUUUGAUAUUCAA